GCAGCUGCUGGAUCUUGUCCCGGUAGCGGUCGUAGAAGGGGUUGGCCUCAAGCUCGGCACCGACCCCACUGCCCUCCGCGCCCCCAGAUGGCCCGCCCGAGCCGAGGCGCACAGGGAACACGCGCAGCUGUGCGGGUGAAACGAACCCCAGGCUCAGGGCGCGGCUCCGCACCGCGCACAGGCCCCGGUAGAGCCCAGCCACCUGCAGGACGGCUGGGCCCGCGCCACCCGCCGCCGCCACCACAGCCGCCAUGGCCGCCCCCGUGUCCUCCUCCUCUGGAGCGUCGGCCCCCGGCCCGCGCGUCCCCUCCAUCGUCCUCCGGGUCUGCGGCGCCCGCGCUACGCCACCGUGGUUCCGGGCGCCCGAGGUUCCGGGUUCAGGAGAUACGCCAGGUGAAGCGGUGAAGAGGGUGAAGGGUUGGGGACAGGGGAUAGAAGGGGGAUCAACGCUCCAGCCCCUGCGCUCUUGCCGCCCUGCGUGCGCCACGGCCCGCCUCCUCCCGAGAGCCGGCCCGGAUUCACGCCCUCCCUCUCGAGACCAGCAGUCUCUGCGCGCUAAUCCUCUGGAGAGCCGGCGGAACUUUAGGGUCUUCUCGGAGCUUGCUUCUUUUAAAAUUCACUUGACACUCAAGUAGCAGUCUGUUCUUUUACUUCUAAGUUUUUUUCACCAACCAUCCUCACAGCUACGGCUUCUCUUUACUGAGUUUUCUAGGUGCAGUAAACCUCAUCGGAUGCAUAUCCUUUGAGGCAGGCAUUAUCCUCCUUUUACACAUGAGGAAGCUGAGGCUGAGGGUGUAAUAUUAAAUGACUUCUCCAAAUUCUACCCAAGAGCUGACCUUUUUCAUAAUGGCAGCUGCUUCCAAAGUCUUUUUUCCCUCUGCUUCCUGACAUCUAAUUGCAGCUCUAGCCAAACUGAACUACUUCCUAGAGUCACCAGGAAUUUCCCUUGACAAGUCUUUAUUAAGGCUUUUUUGGAUCCCUGGAAUGCAUUCUACCUCUUCCUCAACCCAGAUGCCACUAUCUUUUUCACCUCUAGAACUAUGUGUGAGCUCCUGAGGUCAGGGACAGUGACAUCCACAUCUGUCUCACCGGUCCCAGCCUGAGUGGACCCUCUGUCAAGGCAGUCAUUGGUUUGCAUUGUGUGGAAACCUUAACCUAGGUCUUAUCUGACUGAAACCCCACCUGAGGCAGGGACAGAGCCUCCAACCCUGCUCAAUCAAACCUGUACUCAUGAAGACCCACCGCUCUGUACUGGGAGCAAUGUUGUGCUGGCCUGUACUGGCUCAGAAUCAUUGCACUUGUUCUCUCUGCAUAGAUCUGCACUGGCUGCCUCAUCAUCAUCUAGGGCUCAGUUCCUAUGUCAGCACCUCAAAGGAACCUUUAUUGAUGAACUUUCCCAUCCUUUUUUAAAAGACUUUAUUUUGCCCUAUUAUUUAUUUUACCCUACUUUAUUCUUUUCAUAGCAGUUAUCACUAUCUCAAAUUCUUAAAUCCUUGUUUACAUCAACUCGAGAUGCUUACAUUCCAGUGCAGUGAGACAGACAAUAAAUAAAUAUAUGUUGGGUGAUGAUACAUGCUAUGCUGGAAAAAAAAAAGCAGACUAAGAGAGAUGGAGAUAAGGGGACACUCAAGUAGAGACUUAAAGGAAAUGAGGGAAUCUAUAUGAAUAUCUGAGAGAACAGCUUUCCAGGAAGGGGGAACAGCAAAUGCAAACACCCUGAAGCAGGAGCAUGUGUACUCUGCUUGUGGAACAGCAAGGAGGUUAUCUAUUUGAAUGAGUGAGAGAGACAGCAGUAGAAAUGAGACUAAGGAGGUAUGGGAAUGGUUGAUUAGAUUGCUUAGGGAUUUGGAGGCCUUGGUCAAGGACUGUGGCUUUAAAUCUGAGUAAGGUGGAAAGUCACUGUAUGUUUUUUGCACAGUAACAUGAUCUAUUCUUAAAAGGAUCAUUCUGACUACUGUAACUCAAUGGUGCCAAGGAGCCAAGCCAGGAUCAGUGGUGCAACCUUCUGGGAGGCUGUCCUAGGCUUGAUCAGGAAAUGACUUUCUAACUGAGCUGGUCAUAAAUGCCUCAGGAGAUGGUAAGCAAGUCCCAGAGUCAAAUGAACCCUGGGGGACUGGUUGCUGAGAAGGGAAGUUCUGCCCUCAGCCCUCAAGCAUCUAAUGGGAGUUGGAUGAGACAACUCUCCAAGUCUCUUCAAACUAGAGAUGAUGGGAAAUCAACUGAAAGGACUAUUUGCCUCAGAGUAGGGUUGACCACCUGGGAGGAUAAGGAGGUGUUCAGUGGUGGAAAUAUGGGGAGAGGCAACUCCUAAGUGAAGGAGCAGCAUGAGCCAAACUCUAGAGGUGAAUAAAUAGGGUCUUUGGGGAAUCUGGCAUGACCAGAAGGAAAGGUAUAUGAAGGAUAUGGAGAAAGAUGAAGCUGGAAAGAGAUGCAGGACCACACGGGGGGAAACUGAUAAUGUCUAGGAAACACUUGCCAGCACUUGUUGAAGAAACAAAAGAGAGAUCGUAGGAGCCAAAGAAGGAGGCUUUGACCAAUUAGUUCCUCUGAGCAGUUGUUUCCCUAAUAACUUUGUCAGAAACUUCUUGAGGGCAGGGCUGCACAAUGUUCACUGUGCUCCCUACUCCACUCCCCACUGGAAAAGGUAUCCAGAAAUGGCUCCCUAAUAACCAACAACAUAAAUAUGAGCUCCUGAGAGUGUGAGGGCCCUUUCCUGGGGGCUGUUCUGUGAGUUCAUCAUAAGAAGUUGGGAACAGACACUUCUGUGGUAGACCAGCCUUUGAUGGAAGACAGCUAUACUCAUGAGAUGCCACCAGAUGGAGUCCCUUCCUUCCAUCAACUCAGAACCACUCCACAAGCACCACCCUUGCUCAGAACCUGGUGACUUCUUUAUGGAACAAUGGGCCGUGGGCCUUCUAAUGAUUCCCAUGAACAGAUGAGUGCGCGAGUGCAUUCUUUCCAGGGCCAUAGGCCUGGUAACAACUCAACCUUAUGGAUUCACAAAAGGAAGUCCUGGGUCUUUCUGGCAGAAAGUACCCCUUCAGUCCUUUGAGUGUGAGGACAAACUUUCAGGAAAGACCUUUUGCAUGGACGGGGCGGUGGCUGCCUGCAUGGCGUGCUAAAUAGUUAGACAGACUUUUCUAGGAAACUAAGGAUUCCUAGAAGACAGAUCAUGUUCUGCCCAACCAGAAAAGAUGCUGUCCUUGUCAAGUGGUGAACUUUUAACUUCCUUAAGGGCCUUGCCCUUAGUGAGGCUUCUCAGUUUGAUUGAUUGGAUGGGUCCUGACCUGGGAGCCAGAAGGCCUGAUGACUGGGAAGGUCAAGCUGAGUCAGCUUGCCUCUUUUUCUUUCUUUCACUGCCUCAGUGUGGGGUCUCACUGUAUUUUGGAUUCCUGGGGCUGUGUUCUGUGAUAACUGGUGGCUGUAUUCUCUUUCUGCACUGGAAGAAGAACCUGUGGCAGGAGAAGUGUGUCCAGCAGUGGGUGGAAGUGAUGAGAGCUGCCACCUUCGCUUAUAGCCCAUUGUUAUAUUGGAUAAACAAGUGAAGGCACUAUGACAUGAAUGCAGCUGUCAACACAGGCCCUCCUCCAGCUGUUACCCAAACUGAGAUUAAAGUCCAGAUUUCGGAUUCUCUGUAGGAGGUGGACACCUCUCAAAGCAGGUGUUAUGCUGUCAGAGACAGCAGCCCCAUUGCACAGGCCCCUGUUCCCCUGCAACCUGCUCUGGUGGUCCCACAGCUCCCCUAUCUAGCCGGAUGCUGCAGCACCAGACCAGAUCCCCCAUUCCCGAUUCCCAUCUUUCAGGAGAUACCCUUUGCCUCACCCCUCCUUAACCUACCUCCCAUGCUGAACCACUCUGCCUCCUACCCAUUGGCCAACUGUCCUGAAAGGAAUGUCCACUUCCAUUCCGUUCCCACACUGGCCCAUAGGGUGAACUGUUUCAAUGCAAAGCCUUUUGCUUCAGGGUUGUAUCCUCCUCUCACUGAUGGUGGGAGCUUUAGGUACCAGGGGUAUUAGUAGAAAAUGGAGCUAACUUCAGGGAAGUGGUAUUGACACAAGAGGUCAGAGCCCAUUUGGAUGCUACAUUAUUAAAGAUUUUUUAAAAGUUAA